AUGGACGGUGAGGACCAGACCGUCCAAGAUGCCCGAGUCAGCAAACUAUGGAAAACAUUGGAUACUCGGAACGAGGGCCGAUUGAACCUCAAUGGCCUGAAGAAGGGGCUGAGCAACAUAAACCAUCCUCUCAAGAAUGCUGACUCCCUUCUCCAAGAUGUCAUGAAGGCUGUGGAUACGAAUCGAGAUGGUCGCAUAGAUUACUCCGAAUUUCGAAAGUUUGUCGAACAGACGGAAAAAGAGCUCUGGCAACUUUUUAAGAGUAUUGACCGAGAUCAUAAUGGGCAACUGGACAAGGGGGAAAUCAGAUCGGCGUUUGAGAGGGCUGGGAUUCAGCUUCCAGGAACAAAACUUGAUCAAUUCUUCUCCGAGGUUGAUACUAACCACGACGGCGUCAUCACCUUUGAUGAGUGGAGGGACUUUCUGCUGUUCAUCCCGGCGAACACCCCGAACCUACGAGCAGUACUUUCCUACUAUUCUUCCACCGUUACCGUUAAUCCAGAGGGGGAUGUGCACGUAUCAGACGAUAACGUGGAGGGGUUAGGUAAAAUCCAAUUUCCUAGGAAUCUCUUUGCAGCUUUGUUCGGCCUCGCCAAACCGGCCACUCUACAAGAUCGGUCAAAAGGCGCGUCGCCGGUACAUCAACAGAUAGCUUCCGCACAAGCUACAGCAAAAUCUAUACCGGUCACUUUUCCCUGGGAUCCGGGCGAUCAGGAUGCUCAAUACGAAGACAUUUAUGACCCAGACGAUUCUGCAGAAGAUCAACAUGCGUCCAGAGAAAUGUUCCUGCUGACGGAUAUCUUUCCCCCGGUAGGUUAUUUCGUGGCCGGCGGAAUCGCAGGCGUUGUCUCUCGAACAGCGACUGCGCCUUUGGAUCGCCUGAAGGUGUACCUUAUAGCGCAGGUCGGGGUCAAGGACGACGCAAUAAAUCACGCAAAGUCGGGAGCUCCUUUGAAAGCAGCAAAGACAGCAGGGAGACCGUUGAUGGAGGCGACCAAGGCACUAUGGCGUAUGGGAGGCAUACGAAGUUUGUUCGCCGGGAACGGGCUCAACGUCGUCAAAGUGAUGCCAGAGUCUGCCAUCAAAUUCGGCAGUUAUGAGGGUUCUAAACGUCUGCUGGCGCGCCUUGAAGGUCACGAUGAUCCAAAAGCCCUAAAGCCCUGGACGCAGUUCUUCGCCGCUGGCCUGGGUGGACUCAUUUCACAAUUUUGCGUCUAUCCCCUCGAUACCUUAAAAUUCCGUGUCCAAAACGAGACUAUCAAAGGCGGCCUUCACGGCAAUGCCUUGAUCCUCGCUACUGCUCGCAAGAUGUGGGCUACCAGUGGCGUUCGUUCCUUUUACCGCGGCCUUCCUAUGGGUCUCGUCGGCAUGUUCCCUUACAGCGCCAUCGACCUUACUACCUUCGAGUACCUCAAGCAGAUCAUUAGCAGACGCAAAGCGCGGCUAAAGAAAUGCGACGAGGACGACGUCACACUCAGUAACUUCACCACAGCCAGCAUUGGCGCUUUUAGUGGUGCAUUUGGCGCCAGUACUGUCUAUCCACUCAAUUUACUUCGAACGAGAUUGCAGAGUCAAGGCACCGCCAUACAUCCGCCGACCUACACCGGCAUUUGGGACGUGACGGUCAAGACGGUCAAAGGGGAGGGAAUUAGGGGGUUGUUCAAAGGCAUCACGCCAAACCUGCUGAAAGUGGUUCCGGCUGUCUCGAUUACUUAUGUUGUAUAUGAUAACUCGAAAGCUGCGCUAGGGUUACGAUGA